ACAUUGCGCAGUUUUCAUCACACACCCGAGCCUGUUUGCAGUUCUACACUGAAUUAACUCAAGUCUGUGCAAACGUCAGGAGGUGUGUGCCCUAGCUUUUAUCUCGGUAUCAGAACUUCUACACAAUGGACCUCGAACCUUCUGACUUUAUGUCGUCAGAAAACUACAAGGGUAGUUUGUAUGCCUUCAAUCCACGGGACUAUAAAGAUGAGAGCGAACAACAACGCCGUCUGAAUUUUUUCUUAGAAAGCAUCGUGCCUUCAAAGUUUGAGUGGCCCGAAGGUGUUAAAGAAGCAAGAGUUUUGUCGCCAAGCUAUGUUGAAGAUGAAGCACUUGGGGAUAGGGAAAGCUUGAUAACUGACUGGGAAGAAUUAAAACUUACACCCGACCGAGUAAACUUCCCCUCUAUCAAAGAAUUGGCUUUGGCUCACAAGUGUUUGCGGGGCAAGUGGCUUCUCUUUUACAAACCGUGCGAAAGAGAAAAUCAGGACAAGGAAUGGGUGAGAAUUGCCCAAGCAACAGCGGAGGGGAAGCUCGGUAUCUUGGCUAAAGUGUCUGUUAAACAGUGGGAUGAAAAUUACAUAACCUGGGUUCACACCAACAAUUUCACCAACAAAGAAGAGGUGAUGUCUCUAGAAAGGAAGAUUCGUAGUUUUGGUGUGAAGGGCCAGAUGGUAUUUAAGCCCAGCGUCUUCACCGUACUACGCAUAUUUGCAAAUAAUGAUUGGUCCUUGAAUGUGAGCACCUAUACAUCGUAUUGGGAUCCUGCCGAAGACAGAUCAGUGAUAAAGGACAAAACCAAGUAAAAUUGUAAACUAUGAAGCAACCCAAAAGUUAAUACCGAUUUUAUUACACAACUACUUUGAACACCAUUAGAUAACCCUCGCAUCAAAGUAUUAAUUUAGAUGGAAAACAGUAUAAGCUUCGACAGCUGUCGGUAAUUUCAUGAUUUUUUUAAAGGAACAUUACAGAAUUGGUUUUUGCUAAUAAACAUUUGCUGGCAGUGUAAUC